GCACUUCGUCAAACGCCACCGAACCUCUCGUACCUUUCUCUCAUCCACCAAACAUCCACUUUCCCACCUACCCUCCUCCAUCUCCUCUCUCUUUCUCUUUCCCCAAGUCUUCAUCUACAAAGGUAGACGAUUGAGCAGAUUCUCGAUCACCGAUCUGCUCCUCUGCGCUCCCCACCAAUGGAUUCAUCACCAUCUGCCGAUAUCAAGUUCGAGUUCUUCCCUUUCGUCCGCGUCUACAAGGACGGUCGGGUGCAGAGGAUCUUCACCACCCAACUUGUCCCUGCCGGCCUCCACCCUGAGACCGGCAUCACCUCCAAGGACGUCGUCGUCUGCCCGGAGACCGGAGUUUCUGUUCGCCUCUACCUCCCUCCCCUUUCCGAUCCCAGCAAGAAGGUCCCCAUUGUCGUGUAUUUCCACGGCGGCGGCUUCUGCGUCGAGUCUUCCAGAUCCCGCUCCCACCACGCCUUUUGCAAUGCCUUCGUCGCCCAGGCUGGAGUCCUCGCCGUCUCCGUCGACUACCGCCUCGCGCCGGAGUACCCCGUCCCAAUCGCCCACUUCGAUUCGUGGGCGGCCCUCCAAUGGGUGGCGCGCCAAGCCGGGGCAGGGGAGGUAGCAGAGCCGUGGCUGAGGGACCACGGCGACUUCGACCGGAUUUACUUGGCCGGCGGCAGCGCGGGCGCCAACCUUGCCCACCACCUCGCGAUGGCUGCCAGCGGUCAUCCGGUUUUCGGACCUCUGCCGGAGGAUGACGUCCCGGUCUCGAUUCACGGUUUGGUCCUGCUCCACCCUUUCUUCGCCGGGUGGUCGUUGUCCGAGGAUGAGGAAUUGCGGCAGUGGCAAAUCAAGGCGAACAAGAUGUGGGUACUCACAUGCCCAUCGGCCGAAAAGUCCGGUACCGACCACCCUCUUGUUAACCUCACCUCGCCGGAAGCGCCGAAACUCUCGCUGCUCCAGUGCCGCCGGGUAAUCGUGUUCCUCGCCGGAAAGGACCGCCUGGGGAACGGGGCGCGACAGUACAACGAGAUAUUGCGAGGCGGCGAGUGGGGUGGAGUGGUGGAGAUGGUGGAGCAUAAGGAGGAGGACCAUGUCUUCCAUAUCAUGAAGCCUGACUGUGAGAACGCGAAGGACCUUAUCCAGAGAGUGGCACUGUUCAUUAAUGGCGACUGAGGACCAGAUGUCCUGAUUGUUGCGGAUCGUGGUUUCCACCUUCAGUUUUCUUGAUAUGGAUUUCCUUUUUAUAUAUGAUGUUUGAUCUGACCUAUUGCACGAACAUUGAUGGUGAACGAGAUUGUGGAAAAAUAUUGGAUUAACAAAGUUCUGUCUUCUUGACAUGACGACAUCUA